AUGCUAUUAAAGCUAACAAACGAGCCCUUACUUGAUUAUUGGAGAAGUAGUGAUGUCAGUGAGCAAGCGCUAGCAAAUGCUGAGAAUACCAGAGUGCUUGAUCAUUUUGGUCAUUUUAUUCUCGACAAGAGAUUGUGGCCCGAGAUAAAGGUGACGGCCCGCGAUCAAAAUGGCAUUUAUCGGCUGUUUCCAAGAUUAUUCCAUCCGGGCUUCCUCCCCAAGAUUGCUGAAAUCUGCACAAGGAUUGCUGAAACCUCUGAUGAGAAUUUCAUUCUUGAGCUCAGGGACGCCGGCGAGGAUCUUGAGCUUCAGAAGCUCUUCGUGGAGCUCGAGCUUGGAGUGGGUGAAUUUGUCUGGAGUACCUGGGAUUUGUCGAGUGCUUCGAGGAGGGAGAGGUCGAAGGGUGCGGAGAAUGGCAAAAGUGGCGCCGGCGGAUGCGAGGCGCUUUCGUUUCUGAGGAGGAAGAAGGUCCACUGGGACUAG